CCACUAGUCACGUUUCACACAUAUCCUAGCUAUCAUCAUGGAGUCCACACGUGAGCAGUACAUCCUUCCGGAUACACCUCCUCAACAAGAACCAUCAUUCCCAUCUUACUGGGCAGUGCAAGCUGCGCGGAAGAAGAAGAUUCCUUCUACCACCGCUGCUCCCCCUGCUGCUGUCGCAUCCGACCCCGAGGAGUCGCCCCUGAAGAGACGUGGAGUCUUCGUGGAGAGAGGGAUGAGCGGCGAUGAGCUCAUUAUACCAGACACACCACCACCAUCUCAUCUAGGAUGGGCACCGAAGCGAGUGCCGCUAACAACAAUUACCACCAACAGACAGCAGGGGAAGAGAAAACUGCAAUUUCUCGAGGAUGAGGAAGAAACCAACUUCGUACCCCCAAAGAAACAUAUGUCUGAGAACACCUCCAUGGCUCCGCUACUGGAGGAGGCAGCCGCACGGGAUGAUGAUGAUGAUGAGGACUUCAUCACACUAAUCAAUAAACCAACGCCAAAACCGUGGGUACCUCUCCGUGAGCUGGCGGAGGAUGUUCCACAUGGUAUAAUCGCAGUACGGGAGGAAACGAACCAUCACGGUAGAAGAAUUAUUUUAAAAAUUAAUAUUGCAUCUACGAAGAAAAUCUCUGAGGUAUACCUGCCUCAGAGAUUUUCUUCAAUAAUUUCACCUGCUAAAGUUGUAAAAUUUAAUUCUAACUGUAAAAAUUUAGGAAUAGUAGUGAAGCAUAUAACCGCUACAUGGAGCGAUAUUAAGAUUGUUAAAAUUUAACAAUCUUAUUCUCAUAGCAUGUAGUGGUUAUAUGUUUCACAAGUAGUAUAUAAUGUAAAUAUUGUAGUGUUUGAUAAUAAAUUGUAAUAUUGUUUUUAAAAAAUUGUUCUUAAUUCUCACCUGUUUGUUGUGUCAAAGAA